AUAAGAGAGGGGAGAAAGGUUUACUGUGUAAGAUGAGAGGGGGGAGACGGAAUGGUCUGAAAGUGAGAGUCUUCUCCUACUUGAGCUUCACAAAUACACUAACAUACACAUACUCUCACAGCACCUGCGAGCACAAACGGAAACACUUAUCUGUUUGGAUUUAUUUUUACUUUGUUUUUAAAGGUAAAGUGCAGGUUAAUUUGUUUUAUUUUUACUUUAUAUUUUGUGUAAAUUAUUUUUAUGUAUUAUUUUUUUUGUGCUGUGGAACAAAUUAUUUAAGUUUCCAUGAUGUCUUAUGGAAAAAUUCACUUUGAUUUACGAGUGUUUCGGAAUGCGAGCUUUCGGAACGAAUUAUGCUCGUAAUCCAAGGAUCCACUGUAUAAGCGUAACUAGCUCGGGUGUGGGCGGAGCUAGACCGAGUCUGAUUUAAGACCCCUAGCGUCUGAUAAUCUCUUUACAUGUUCUCGAUUCUUUAGUCUUUUAUGACAAGACGUUACCUCUGAUUCUAAUAUUUUGUGUGUGUGUGGGUGUGUGUGUGUUCUGUUACAGUCCUCCUUGGGGAACUCAAGCCCAGGAGUGUCCGUGGGAUCAGACAGUGUGGAUCUGGAGCAGUCAGGAGAGAGGGUGAAUGAAUUUGAGGACGAGCGCACGAGUGAGGACGAGGAGCUGACCAGAGACACCCCCUUCACCACUGAGAUCGAGGAACUCACACGGGGUGAAGUGUUCCUGUGAUCAGGAGAGCGAGAUGCCGAUCCAGGAGCUGCGCAGUCUGUACGGGUACGAGGCCUCCGGCUCCCCCGAGGAAGAGGAGGAGGAAGAAGAGGAGGAGGAGGAGGAGGAAGGCGACGUCGAGGAGGAGGAGGAUGAAGAUGAUGAAGUGGAGGAGGUGGAUAAUGAUGAGAGCAGCAGGAGCACUGGGGAGCUAAAGAGGAACAAGGAUGAGUGUGUAAAGAGUGUGUCUCAAGGUGUGGACAGUCAGACUGGUGGUGAGGGUCGUUCUCUCUCUGCUAAAGAACUCCUCCGCUCUCCAAACUGCAGAUACUUCAACAAUAAUGAAGUGGAUGAGGAGUCUGAGGAGGACGAGGACUACGUUCCCUCAGAGGACUGGAAAAAAGAGAUCAUGGUGGGAUCGAUGUAUCAAGCCGAAACUCCUUCAGGACUCUGUAAAUAUAAAGAAAAUGAACGAGUGUACGAGAACGACGACCAGCUGCUGUGGAACCCGGAGUUCCUGCCCGAGCACACGGUGGUGGAGUUCCUGACGGAGGCGUGUAAACGCACCGGGGACGAGACCGGGGUCGACGCCAUACCCGAGGGCUCGCACAUCAGAGACAGCGAACAGGCAUUGUAUGAAUUGGUGAAGUGUGACUUUGACACAGAAGAAGCUCUGAGAAGACUGAGAUUUAACGUUAAAGCGACCCGAGAAGAGCUCUCAGUGUGGACGGAGGAGGAGUGUCGACACUUCGAACAGGGCCUGAAGGCGUACGGGAAAGAUUUCCACCUCAUCCAGGCCAACAAGGUCAGGACGCGGUCCGUGGGCGAGUGCGUGGCCUUCUACUACAUGUGGAAGAAAUCCGAGCGGUACGACUUCUUUGCUCAGCAAACGCGCCUCGGCAAGAGGAAGUACAACCUGCACCCGGGCGUCACGGAUUAUAUGGAUCGUCUGUUGGAUGAAACAGAGAGCGCAGCGUCAAGUCGAGCAGCCACGCCCCCUACCUCUAUUAACCAAUCAGACAGAAGCGAUGGCUCCACCCACAAUGGUCUCGGUGUACACGGCUCCGCCCCCAGCACGGACACGGACGGCAGACACGAAAACCCGCAGUCAGACGGCACCGAUUCCAACGGGUGUGAGCGAAACGGGACGCUUAAGCGUCCUCAGGACAGCCAGAGCGUGGAGCGGCCGGGUAAAAAGUGCAGAACUGAGUCGGACCCACCUGUCCACACGGAAACAAACUCGUCUGAGGUGAAGGAGAACUGACGCCCUGUCCACGCCGUGGGAACCCGCCUCCUCAGUGGUUCUGCUGAAUCAGGACGGGACUCGGACUGGCGCGUCCACCACGCCGGGACGGACCCGGACUCUCUCCGUCCUUUUCCCAGACUACAAAACACUUUCAAACCCCAAAUCCCGCCCCUCACCCAUCCCCCGCCGUCUGAGCUAAAACGCACUGAGCCGCUGAUUGAGCGGAAACCAAAGGCCAUACCAAAUCCAUAUGAGAGGGGGCGGGGCUAUUUAACAGAUCCUGAUUGUAGGAUUUAGUCACGAUCCAAAGCUGCCGUGGACGAGACGUCUGCUAGCGAAGCGUAGUCUGGUUUUACACAGAACACGUCUAAUUCUAUUUGUACCGGAGUUUGCCUGAUUAUUUUUUUACCGCUGAGAUAUAUUUAUAUUUUGUAAGUGAAACACUCUGCAGGUGAGCGACUGGAUGUUGAGAGUGAGAGACAGAGACAGGUGCCCAUGUGUAUGUGUCUCUUUCUCUCUCUCUCUGUUUGUCCACAUGAGGUCGCUCCACCGGGGUUUGUACAGAUUUGUACAGAAUCACACUUUUGAUAACGGCUCUGUACGUGUUCCUGUUUCUGUCCUUUUACUUCCUUUAAAAACAAAAUCUGUGAUUUUUUUUGUUGUUGUUGUUAGUUUUGUUUUUUUGAGAUGCACACAAACAACCUUAAGAUGAAAAAUGAAAACAAUCCCAGUCUCCCGA